AUGAUUCUCAUGUUGUUCGGAAUCGCCAUAGUAGUAGGCUUUUACUACUAUUGUGUAAAGCCUCUCAGCUACUGGAAGGAAAAAGGUGUUUUGCAAACAGAGCCCAUGUGGUUUUUUGGAGACAGUUGGAGGAGCUUUGACAAACAACGGGUUAUUAAUUUUCUGGAAUAUCUGUACCAUGGUCCUGGCGAUGGAAGGUAUGUAGGACAUUACAAUUUCACUUACCCAGUCCUAAACAUCAAAGACCCAGAGCUAUUAAAGCGAGUUUUUGUUAAAGACUUCGACCACUUCGUAGAUCACUACGUAUUUCAAGCUACCGAUUCAGAUCCACUUUGGUCAAAUAUAUUGAUAACACUAAAAGGAAGUAAGUGGCGUGAGAUGAGAUCCAUCUUAAGCCCAUGUUUCACAUCCAGCAAAAUGAGAGCCAUGUCUCCACUGAUGACGGGUUGCGCAGAACGGUUUACCAAUUACUUCUUGAAUUUGAAUGAGGAAGUUGUAUCAGUAGAAGUGAAAGAGGCUUUUACAAGGUACGCGACUGAUGUCAUCGGAUCCACAGCAUUUGGAGUAGAGGUAGAUUCAUUGAAGCAGCCAGAGAACACUUUCUAUGUUAUGGGAAAAAGAGCCACUACCUUUGACUUCUGGAAGAUGGUUCGGUUUUUUAUCAGCGUACUAGCUCCAAAGUUGAAUGCGCUUCUUGGCCUUAUGAUUAUGGAUAAAGAGACUCUGGACUUCUUUGUGGACCUCGUGGAUCAAACGAUAAAAACUAGAGAAGAAAAAGGUAUAAUCCGACCUGAUAUGAUACACUUGCUGAUGGAAGCUAGGAAAGGAAGACUGAAAAAUGAGGAAAGCAGAGAGAACGAUUCUUCAGAUCGUAUAGUCAGUGAUAUCGCGCUGAAAAAUAUAACAAACAUAGACAUUGCUGCCCAGGCUAUGAUAUUCUUCUUAGGUGGUUUUGAAACUAGUUCCAAUUUGAUGAGUUUCAUGGCAUACGAAUUGGCAGCGAACAAAUAUGUCCAAGAUAGAUUGAGAAAAGAAAUUCAAGACACAUUAGAUGAGUGUAAUGGACAAUUGACACAUGAGGCCCUUUUGAAGAUGAAAUAUAUGGACAUGGUUGUUUCAGAAACCUUACGGAAGUGGCCUUCUAACCUCGUAAUAGACAGAGAGUGUACCAAGCCAUAUACUCUAGAGCCAGUACAGUCAAGAGAGAAACCCAUUCACCUUGAAAAAGGAUCAUACGUCUCUGCUAUGGUGUAUUGUAUCCAUCGAGAUCCUAAAUACUUUCCUAAUCCAGACAUAUUUGACCCUGAAAGGUUCAGCAGUGAAAAUAUUGAUAAAAUCCAGCCUUAUACAUACCUGCCUUUUGGUGUAGGACCACGUAGCUGUAUUGGGAGCAGAUUUGCUCUUCUUGAAACAAAAGCAUUGUUUUUUUAUCUUCUAAUGAGUUUUGAAAUAGUGCGCACAGAGAAAUCGUGCAAAUCGGUACAGCUUGAACGUAAAGGUAUCAGUUACAUGAUUAAAGGCGGAAACUGGUUGGGAUUGAGGGCUUUAAAAAGGGGAGUGUAGCACAGGGUUUGAUCGAAUCUUCCAAAAAUUUUCUUUGAUAUUUGACAUUGUUUUAAUGUAUUAUUUGUAUGAAUUAUUGUUGAGUUAUUGAUAUAAAUAAUCAGUCUUCUCAGUUUUUAUGAUUGACAGAAUCAAGAACAUCAGUUCAAGCGUUUGCCUGAACAUACAUAGUCCGGUUAUUCCAAUGAGGAACAUAGAGCCUCUACAAACUGACGAAACUCUAGUGUGUUCUUCGCAAGCGUCUUAAACUGCCUCCAGGAUGUUCACAUUCGCGUCACCUCGACUAUCAUUGUUCUUUUACAUGGAGCUUAAGCCUUACUAUAUUUCUGUGUGACAGAGCAGCUCUCUUUAUACUACGAGUAUGUGACCUAACCAGCUUCACUUCCUUUUCCUUAUAUCAGUCUUCAGUCCCUAUUUUUCUCAUCCCUGACUUUCUUCGUUUGAUAUUGUUCUUGGCCAAAAUAGGGCGUACCAAGCAAAAAUGAAAAUUUUUUGGAGGAAGUUCCACAAAUCGUAUCUGCAUAACUAUGCUUGAUAUUUUCGUUUCUAUUUGCAUUUCAUUCAUAUAGAGUGUUCCAAGCCCAUUUGGCCACCCUAUAAGCCUUUAUACGCUCCAGCUCGUUAGCUCACGAACAGAUAUCCUAAACCACAUGAGCUGAUGAGUAUGCAUAAUCAGCAAUGGUGUAUCCUCAUCAGCCGAAGUGGGGAUAUGUUGAAUAUAAAAACUAGUUGGUCUGACAUGUGGGGGUAGUUCCCCGCGGGGGAUUAACUUUUGCCAUUCUUCACUGCGAGAAGACCAGUGUAACUGGAGUUAGUACCUUUCUUAUAUGUUUAUAUUAAUAGAGUUUCUUUGAGAGAACUGGGGACUAUAGGUACUUUUAACAGCUUUUUGAAGCUCUAAGCGAUAUUGCUCAGUCCCGAGCAACUAACCCCCAAAUCGCAAUCGUGAUAAUAUCUAAUCGUUUUCAUCACUUGUAUAGUGUUUCUCUGUUAUUGGAUAGUGUAUCUUUUGAGAAAUAUAUACGAAUAAAAUAAAAUAUGGAUAUGGAAAAC